AUGCCACUACCGCUGAACAGUACAGGAGAAGGGUGGCCACCAAGAAAUCGGUUCAACGCCAAUCUAACUAUAGGCGCAAUUGAAAUCGGAGUCCUAGUCUCAACUUUUCUGUUCGGUCUGGUCACUGUACAAUGCUACAUAUACAUCCAUCGCUUUCCUAAGGACCCUGCAUUUCUCAAAGCACUAUCUGGUAUUAUCGCGCCUUUUAUCUCUUCAACAAGCAAUUGUCCUCUUACCUGCCGUCUUCAACACAGGCUACUUGAACUCGCACAUACCAUUUGCAUAUGUCAAGCUCUCUAUGAAAUCACAGUAUCGCAAUACGGGCAUCCUGAGCUGCUCGACAUCCCGCCAGAAUCUCUCAACGUAGCUGUACUCUUCAGCGGCUUUAUUGGGCCCAUCGAACAAUGCUGGUUUGCCCACCGCCUGUACAAAUUUUCCCGCUCUCUGCCCCUUCCACUCUUCUGCACCUCCCUCGCCCUAUUACGCUGGAUCGGCAGUGUCGGCAUCUCCAUCGUUGCCCUACACCGACUUACUGUCGAAAUGUACUUCGCACACUGGUCGUGGCUACUCACAGCCAUUCUCGUCGUCGGUGCGGGGACGGACGUCAUUCUUGCCGCGGGACUAUGUUGGUACUUGCGCAAGUGGCGCGGGUCGGGGUUCAAGAGGACGUCGCGGUUGGUGGAUAGACUCAUGAUCUGGUCCAUUGAAACUGGGCUGUUGACGAGUCUCAAUGCACGACCAGCACUAGCCCAGAUACCCACGCAAGACGAAUUCAUCCGGACAAGCACUUUCCGCCCCGAGAUAUCUCCCGUAACAGUGCGUACUCCUAUGCUCCUACCCUCCACAGCGUGCGAAGGCAGGCUGAAAUCCAAACCCCCUAAUUGA